AUGGCCGGGAUCCAUGGCUGCAGCGGAGGAGAAGCGCGGCUGGCGACUGUCUAUAGACGCUGUCGAAGAUGGUGCUUUUGGGGAUACUCUUUUGAGAAUCUUGCCACUGAGGACUCUGGGAGCACUGAUGCAGACGGGCUACAUCAUAUUGAUGCAAAUGUUGAAUACUGUUCCGUGAUUAAAACCAAAUUAGGUGCUCAUCGUAUUAUUAUGGGCGCUGAGAUGGACUGCUGUGAUUCGACUGAUGAUGGGAGGAGGUUCUAUGUGGAGUUGAAAACAAGUCGUGAGUUGGAUUAUCAUACGGAGGAAAGAUUUGAGAGAGAGAGACUGCUGAAAUUCUGGAUACAGUCAUUUCUAGCCGAUGUCCCAUUCAUUGUUGUUGGAUUCAGGGAUGAUGCAGGUCGAUUAGUCCGUACAGAGAGGCUAAGAACCAACGACAUAACUCAGAGGGUAAAGAUGAAGAACUAUUGGCAGGGAGGAGUAUGCCUGGCAUUUGCGGAUGAGGUCUUGUGCUGGCUGUACGGAACAGUCCAAGAGAAUGAAGACUACAUCCUGCAGUUUGGCCCGCCUUACCUUCGAUUGGAGCUACUGCAAGCCUCAUCAUGCCCAGAUGUUAUCACCAGUCAUAUGGAGCUACUGUAAACACAUAAGCAGUCUUCCCCUCAAAGGCGUCGUGCAGAGAGUGUUACAGAACAGUUGAUGGUAAUUAAAGCUGGAUGCGCAAUUACCAGCCGUGCAGAGGAUCCUGUCUUGAACGUUUUCUUCCGAUAUCUAUCCACUACCCGAGAUCUUUUUUUUUUCUUUUUUUUUGGGGUGGUGGUAAUGAAAUUCUGUGAUUUACCAGUGGAAACAUACAGAUGCAGAGGUUGAUCUUGAAGAUUUAUUUGGUGAUUUUUUUUUUUUUUUCUCCUUUCCUCUCUGGUUGCUAGAAUCUGCAUUGUUUUUGGAAAGCAAACAAAUCUUAUCCACUUUGGGUC